CAUCCGGAAAUGGAGCGACGCAACUGGACGAAUGGGUUGCGCCUGCUGUGGCACCUGACCGCCGCCGUUCACCUGGGCUACGCCAUCUACUACGACUACCGGUUCGCGCAGCUGCCGCAAUUGGCGGUGACAAUGCGCCUGGAGCCACCGAUGGGCGGCAAGUUCAAGUACAUGACCUUCCUGGGCGGCCUGCUGCAGUUCGGCUACUACGCCCUGGCGCUGACCUAUGACCUCGUGCGGCAGAGGUCGCUGCGAAGGCUGCGCGACUACGUACUGGCCACCUAUGUGGUGCCGCUGGCCCUAACGGUCGGCAUGACAUUUUGGACCCUCUACGGCAUCGACAGGGAGUCGAUAUACCCGGAACUGCUGGACCUGGUCUAUCCCAACUGGCUCAACCACACCAUGCACAGCUUUGUCGUGAUCUACGCGUUGGUCGAACUGGGAGUCACACGGCAUCGAUAUCCGGAACGCAGGCGGGGAUUCAUUGGACUUGGCGCCUUCAUGGCAGGGUAUCUUAUGUGGAUUCACUACGUCUGGCUGAGCACGGGCAUCUGGGUCUAUCCCUUCCUGGGCGCCAUCGACUGGCCCCUGCGGAUCCUCUUCUUCGCCCUGAUCCUGUCACUCGGCUUUGCUUACUAUCUCUUUGGUGAGCACGUGAAUCUUGUCCUGUGGGGGCGAGCCAACCGACAUCGCAGGUGGAGUGGCAGCGAUUAAAGGCUCUUACAAUUUUUUCAAAAUAUUAAUUUAAGACUAGGAAUUAGGAUUGCAAAAAUAAAAUAUAUAAGUUUCUCACCCGUUCA